AUGUUGGGUCGCUGCGUUAGUUACCAGGGCUCCUGCGAUAACAUCAAUGGCAUAUUGACGAGCGACUAUGCAAAGAUCUAUACGGACUGGGCAAACUACUAUCUGGAGCGGGCCAAAUCGAAGCGAAAGGUCACGGAUCUUUCGGCCGAUUGUCGAGAUGGCCUGCUCCUCGCCGAGGUCAUCGAGGCAGUUACCAGCUUUAAGGUACCCGAUUUAGUCAAGAAACCAAAGAAUCAACAGCAAAUGUACGACAACGUCAAUUCGUGCCUGCACGUGCUGCGGAGUCAAUCGGUGGGCGGCUUGGACAAUAUCACGACCAACGACAUCUGCGCGGGUCGCCUUAAGGCUGUCCUUGCUCUGUUCUUUGCCCUGAGCCGGUACAAGCAGCAGGCGAAGCAAACGAAGUCCAUUGGCGUUGGCUGUGGUGGCGCUGCUAGUGGUGCAGCGGGUACAAUUGGUGGUUCCGUUUUGGGCAUUGGCCUGGGCGGUAGUCUAAGAGCAUCGACUGCCAACAAUUUGCUGGACAGGAACCAGCAACAGGAGCAACAGCAGCCACAACAUAAGCAACAGCAAACGCCACAGCAGUUAGCUCAAUCGCUGGAGAACGGCAAUGAGAUGGUGAAUCGACAAAUCGCGCCCGCCUACGCGAAGGUCAAUGGCGGCACAGCCAUUCCUCUGCCUGCGACGGUCAUGGUUCAGCGUCGCUGCCCGCCGGACAAGGUGCGCCCGCUGCCUCCCACACCGAAUCAUACGCCAUCCAUACCUGGUUUGGGCAAGAGCGGCAGUGAUUUCAACACAAGCCGUCCAAACAGUCCGCCCACCAGCAAUCACACCAUCCAGAGCCUGAAGAGCAACAACAACAGCCUGCGUCCGCCCAGUGUUAAGAGCGGCAUACCCUCGCCGAGCAGCUUGAACGCGCCUACGGCUCCUCAGAAGCACUCAAUGCUGGAUAAGCUGAAGCUCUUCAACAAAGAGAAGCAACAGAAUGCAGCAAAUGCAGCCGCCGCCGCAGUUGCAUCCAAUAAGACGCAAAUUCAAUCGAAACGCACCUCCUCCUCUUCGGGCUUCAGUUCGGCACGCUCCGAGCGCUCCGACUCCAGCCUGAGCCUCAACGAUGGCCACAACUCGCAGCUGAAGCCGCCUAGCAUCAGCGUCAGCGCCCAGAAGAGCCAACAGAAGCACAACACCAAGCAAUCGAAGCUGCUGGCCGCACAGCAGAAAAAGGAUCAAUGCAAACCCAGCAAGCUCGACAAGAAGGAAAAGAGUCCCGCACGUUCGCUGCACAAGGAGGAGUCCACGCUCUCGGGCAAUGAAUCGCGCAGCUCGACGAUGGGACGCGCGGGUAAAAAUUCAUUAGCGCGCGGAUCUGCUGAGAAAAAUACACUAAAGACGUCUUCCAAGACUUCGCUGCACUCGAAAUCCGACGCCAAGUGCUCGCCAAAGAGUCAGAACCAGAGUCAACAGCAGCAACAGCUGCAGAGUCCCAAUCUGCCGAAACCCAUUGCGGCUAUCAAAGGCACCAGCAAACUGCCCCAGCUGGGCGUGUCACCUGGCUCCAGUGAGCUAUUCAAACGUGAAACAAGCGACAUAUCCAACAACAUAUCCCAUGAGCAACAGCAGCAACCGUCUCUUAGCUCAGCUCAACAUAUCCUCAAGGCUUUGCCUUCGAGCCCACCGCCCCCGUACUAUGCCAAUGCCCCGACAUCCUCCAAUCACAUAUCAACUAUUUACUCCGGCAACGGCUCCGGCUACUUGAGCGAACCGACCACCCCACAGCCCGGCAUCUACGGCAGCAACAGCCGUUUGCCUCCACCCAAGUCAGCUCUGAACACUCCUCGUAAGCUGGAAUACAAUGCAGGUCCGCAUAUUCUGGCUACGCAGCGUUCGCCCAUGCAGCGACCCAUGCACAACUCAGCGCCGAACACGCCCACCGCCUCGCCUAGUAAGUUUCAUACGAUUCCCUCGAAGAUCGUUGGCACCAUUUAUGAGUCCAAAGAGGAGCAGUUGUCCUCCUCGGCUGCAGCCUCCUCCUCGGCUGGCGGCGCCUCCUCCUCGUCCUCAGUGCUGCCCAUGCGUCCACUGCUGCGUGGCUACAAUUCGCAUGUAACGCUGCCAACGCGUGGCGCACGUGGCGGACAGACGCAUCAUCCCCAUCAGUCCUACUUGGACUUCUGCGAGUCGGACAUCGGGCAGGGCUACUGCAGCGACGGCGAUGCGCUGCGCGUGGGCAGCUCUGGCUCGGCCAGUCGCUAUCAUGACAUCGACAAUGGCUACCUCUCCGAGGGCAGCAGCGGCUUGGGCGGCACAGGAUCUUCGAGCGGCGUCUCCCAUGGCAAGCACUUUCUCAGCAUGAUGAGAGCUCGAACCCAACUGCCCACAACCAUUGAAGAGCGUAUUCGCAGCAGUCGCGGCUCGCUCGAUAGCAUUGGGACCGCUGCCAACGGCAGUUCGGCGGCCAGCCAGGCCAGCUCUAGUGGCGGCUCCAGUACCAAUCACAGCAACAUCAACAACAACAACAACAACAAUAAUAAUAACAACAACAACAACAGCAAAAUGGAUGGCAGUCCACAUCAUCGUCCGGGCUCACGAAAUGGUCGCGACAACUGGAGCAAAAUGCCAGAGCCGCUCAACGGACACAAAGCGGAUAAAUCGGAGAAGUCGUCGCCGUCGCGUCGCAGCAUGGGCGGCGGCAGCGGCAGCGGCAGCUCUUCCAAGCAGAGUUCGCCCUCGGCCUCCUCUUCGCGCACUAAGGGUGUGCCGCCUAGCUUUGGCUAUGUGAAGCGUGCGAAUGGCAGCAUUGCCUCCACGGCGGAGCAACAGAACAUAGCCAUGUUGAUGGCUGUGGGCGGUGGCCAAGGCAUGGUCAAUGGCCUGUCCUGCGGACGCACCGCUCACGUGUCUGCGGUGCCACGCACUGCCAGCGGGCGCAAGGUGACAGGCGGCACCCAAACACUGCCCAACGACAUGAACAAGUUGCCUCCGAAUACACAGCAUCGCAGCUUCUCGUUGACGGGUCCCACAGCCACACAGCUGAGUCAGUCCAUACGCGAGCGUCUGGCCACUGGUUCGCACAGUCUGCCCAAGCCAGGCAGCGAUAUGCAUGUAUUUCAGCACAGAAUCUCAACACGUGGAGGAGGCACUCGUCACGAUGGUUCGCUCUCUGACACACAGACCUAUGCCGAGGUCAAGCCCGAGUACAGCUCGUAUGCCAUGUGGCUGAAGCAUAGCAACACAGCAGGUAGUCGCCUCUCCGACGGCGACUCUAUUGAUCAGAUGCAGAUUGGCUCGCCUGCAAUGACUAGACACGGACACAAGAUGCUGCACAAUCGUGGCUCAGGCACAGUGGGGCAAAUGCCCGUGCAAGGCAACGAAUCGCCGUAUGUGCAGAGUCCGCGCAUGAAUCGCAGCAAUAGCAUUAGAUCCACGAAAUCAGAGAAAAUGUAUCCCUCGAUGCUGAGUCGCGGCGGCGAUGUCGAAAUCGAGCCUUACUACUGCCUGCCGGUGGGCACCACCAAUGGCGUCCUAAGCGCCCAAAUGGCCGCCGCAGUGGCCCAGGCUCAGGCGCAGGCUCAUGCUCAAGCGCAAGCGGGUAACGGUGCGGGCAGUGCUGCUACAGCGGCAGCUGCUGCUGUCGCCUGGAGUCAGCCCACCUCGCCCACGCCCCUCAAUCGUGGCCCCUUUGCCACGGCGGCGACUGCGUUGUCGCCCACACAUGGCACAGCGGCAGCGGCUCUGGCAGCGGUGGCAGCUGCAGCAGCAGGCGCCGGACAUGGCGGCAGCAAUGCAUCGCAUCGUCUAACAUAUCCCAAAAAGAAUGAUGAAGUUCAUGGCAGCGCCGCCUCUUUGCUAUCUGGCGGCAGCUCGUUGUACGGUUCGGCAGAGGAGCGACAGGCGCAUGAGAUACGGCGAUUGAAGCGCGAACUGCAGGAUGCACGGGAACAGGUGCUCAGCCUGAGCAGCCAGCUGUCAACCAAUGCCCAUGUGGUAUCAGCGUUCGAACAGUCCCUCACCAAUAUGACCAAUCGCCUGCAGCAGCUGACGGCGACGGCAGAGCGCAAGGAUGGGGAGCUGACUGAUAUGCGACAGACAAUUGAGCUGCUGCGCAAGCAGUCCAUUCAGGCGGGCCUGACCACGGCGCACAUGCAGAGCAUGGGCGUCCAGACGCAGGGCCAGACCCAGAACGAGCUGAUGCUGCAGCAGAAGCCGCCUCCAGUUCCCGCUGCCAACAGCCGAGCGGGCAAUGCUAAUGGAAAUGGCACGGGCAAUGGGCUGGGACUGGGAUUGGGAUUGGGCAUGCAGCGACAGCACAGCACUGACUCGAUGUGCUCGCUGAAUUCCAUCAGCUCGGGCUGCUCGGCGGCGCAGGACAAGAACAAGGCCAAUAAGAAGAAAGGCUGGCUGCGCAGCAGCUUCACUAAGGCCUUCUCCCGCAACGCCAAGAUCUCGAAAACUAGUCGCCAUGUGGGUCAGCAUCAUCAGCAACAGCAGCACGAGCACAGCUCCAGCAAGACAACCUUGCUCAACGGACACGGACACGGACACGGUCACGGUCAUGGACAUGGGCAUGGAGAGCCCUUGGGCUUGGCUGCUUUGGCCACGCAGCCAGCGCCGCCGCUGCCUGUGGCAAAUGCAUCCAGCAAGCAAAGCAGCCCGGCCAAGACGGUGACACUGAUCGAUAAUGCAAAGCCCAUCGAUGCCAUCGACGGGGAGGAUCAGCACAUGGUGGAGGACCUAAAGAAGCAGCUGCGCGAAAAGGAUCUGGUGCUGACAGACAUACGGCUUGAGGCCCUUAGCUCUGCCUCGCAGCUGGAGAGCCUGAAGGACAUGAUGAACAAGAUGCGCGCCGAAAUGAUGUCGCUCAAGCAGAACAACGAACGGCUCCAGAAGCUGGUCACCAGUCGCUCCCUAGCGGGCUCUGAGGCCAGCCUCGGCCAGGCAAUCAGCCCGAAUGGUUCACUUGGAGGCGGCGCCGGCAGUUCGGAUGCGUCGCGUCGCUACUCGCUGGCCGAUGGCAAUGCACGGCCUCCAAUGGAGCUGCCUCCGCGUCUGACCGAGGAGCUGGAGGAGGAGUGCAUGCCACCAGCACCGGCACCAGAGCCACCACCACCACCAGCGCCCUGUGCAGCAAGUGGUGCAGCUCCGCUCAGUCCCAAUACUCACAUAGAUCUGACACCGCCGCCGCCAGCGCUGGAAGCUGGACAGCUAAGCAGCCCCGUGCACAUGGCUAGCUGUGGAGCUGUAGAGGAGCUGCCCGAUGUGUGCGAUGGCAAGAAAAUAGCCAUUGCCUGCUACUUGGGACAGCCCGAAUCCUUUGCCAAGUACUGCGAGGAGAUGCUCGAGCUGGACGACUUCUAUGCCAAUGGGGCAAUCAUUGCCAGCCACGAGGCGGAGCAGGCUCAGGUGCAGGGGCAGGGCCAGGGGCAAGCGCAGCAGGCCGAGCGCCAGGGAAAUGGCUCCAAUGAAUUUAUUAUCGCUUGCACAUACAUCUCGGGCAAGACGACCUGGCAGAAUCUGGACUACAUUGUGCGCAAAACCUUCAAGGAUUACGUGGCACGCAUUGAUCCCGGCACCAACCUGGGCCUGAACACAGACUCCAUUACAUCGUAUCAUCUGGGGGAGGCGAAACGUGGCCCUGAGAUGGGCUUCCCGGAGCUGUUGCCCUGCGGCUACAUUGUGGGCAACGUGAGGACCCUGUAUAUAUGCUUACAGGGUGUCGGCAGCUUGGCCUUCGACAGUCUCAUUCCACGCAGCAUUGUGCAUCGCUACAUAAGUCUGCUAACCGAGCACAGACGUUUGAUCCUGUGCGGACCCAGCGGCACUGGCAAAUCCUAUCUGGCGCGUCGCCUAGCCGAGUUUCUGGUGGCACGGGCUGGUCGCGGCAAUCCCUCAGAGGCCAUUGCCACGUUCAACGUGGAUCAUAAGACCUCGAAGGAUCUGCGACAAUAUCUGGGCCACAUUGCCGAACAGGCGGCCAUAGCGAAUGGCGCGUCGGAGCUGCCAUCUGUGAUCAUAUUGGACAAUUUGCAUCAUGCCUCCGCUCUGGGCGAUGUCUUCUCCUGUCUGCUCAGCGCCGGACCGGCCACCAAGCUGCCCUGCAUCAUUGGCACUAUGUCGCAGGCUACCUGCAACACAACCAAUCUGCAGCUCCAUCACAAUUUCCGCUGGGUGCUCACAGCUAAUCAUAUGGAGCCUGUCAAAGGCUUCCUUGGUCGCUUCUUGCGUCGCCGACAGUUUCAGUUGGAGCUGCAGACGCAGCAUUCACAGCCAGAGUUGGCGGCUGUUCUCGCUUGGCUGCCUUCCGUGUGGCAACACAUCAACCGCUUCCUGGAAGUGCACAGCUCCAGUGAUGUGACCAUUGGACCACGACUGUUUCUUUCCUGUCCGCUGGACUUGAAGGAUUCGCAGGUGUGGUUCACCGACAUCUGGAACUAUCAUCUGUCGCCCUACCUGAUCGAGGCAGUGCGCGAGGGUGUGCAGCUCUAUGGACGAAGGGGUGGCGCCUGGAAUGAUCCAUCGGCCUUCAUACGCAACUCAUAUCCCUGGCCCUACGGACCGGACUCGGUGCCACCGCUGCGACAGAUCAAUGCCGAGGAUGUGGGCCUGGAGGGAGUGGCUCUCAGCAAUGGCGAGCAACAGGACCCAUUGCUAAACAUGCUGAUGCGUCUGCAGGAGGCUGCCAACUACUCGGAGACACAGGAUCAGGAGUCAGACUGCGCCAGCCUCGAUUCAAACGUAACGCCCGACAGUUCAGCGGGUGCUGAGUAGUUCGUCUCUAUUCACAGAUCUUAACUUCUAACAUGCCAAAUGAAAUGCUUUUGUUUUGCUUGCGCUGCGACGAAAGUCCUUCCACAACGUCACACACUCAAACACAUCUCAAAGGAAUUUUCUUGUGCUACUUUCGCAUUCAAGUUCUAAAGCAGUUUCAAGACUUUUCCAUUUGCACCAAACCAAUAAACUAUUGAGCUAUACUCAGAGAAAACGGCAAGAGAUCUUCACAAAUCUGAGUUCCACGAUAUGAGGCAACAAGACUGUAAUAGUACAAUGGUUUUCUCUGAGUGUAGUAUCAUCAUCUAACUCUUUCACUCUCUCUAAUUCUCUCUGUCUACCUUCACAAGCCGCAAAAUGUAGAAUUGCACUUUUUAGCGCACUUGUUAAAAAUGCAAAUUUCCCUAAAUCAGAUAUAAAAAAUUUAGAAAUUUAUAAGAACUCAUCUAACUCAAGGUAAAGGCCAGCGCAGGCGGAAAAGAAAACAAAAGUAAAUUACAAAUGGAAAGAAAGCCCAACAUUAAAUGUUAAACAAUUGCUAAAGAUCAAGCAAACACUUUUUGUACAUAGAAAACCAAAAAAGCCCCAAUUAUAUUUAAGCGACUAACUCUACAAUGGUAUCAGCAUUUUAUACCCUAACAUAAUCGAAAACGAAAAAGAAAAACCUAUUGUAAAUGUAGCCCUAAGUUUUUGCUACUACCAAUAUUUACAAGAUGUACAUUUAAUGGAAAAAGCUUUCACUUUAGUUUAAUUAUUUGCAUAAUUAUCAUUAAAUAUUGUUACAAACAUAUUGCAUAUUUAUAAAAACGCAAGUAAAGGGAGGAAGAAGAUAAACUAUUUAAACAAUAUAUUAUGCCAUAUACAGCGCUUAGCCGCAUCAGCAUCAUAAAUGCGAAAAUCAUAUACGUAAAGACCCCGAAAAGUUCCCCUAAACAAAUAGCAAAAUUAACAAGCACAACUCCUAUGAAACAACAAUAAGAAGAGAACAACAGCAACA